UUGAUACCGGUGUUCCGGUCGGUUCUCUCUGUAAGCCUAAUUUAUCUCAGAUAUACAGAGAGAUAUCAAUACAUGCUGUUUUUAGGGUGUAUUAUAUGUAAACUGCUCUUUAUUUAUUAAGUAGGAAGCCUGUGUCAUUAUGUAAUGCUCUGUGUGGAUUUUAAGGUAUGUAAUAACAGGAACGCGUGUGGAACUCACCUGCUGCCAGCUCUCCUACUCUGCUAGUGAAUGUAGUAUUUCUGUUAUUAAUGGACAAUCAUCUACAGAACUGUAAUAUGUACAUGUAGCUCUUUAUUGUGAGAUUUAUCUGGUAUUCCCCCUGUAGCCACGAGCAGCUGAAGACCGGAAACACGUCCCCUUCAAAAUAAACCAUGGGCGUUAAAGUAUCACUGAUCCUCGCGGUGCUCUUCAUCCUCCUGGACCUCAUCCUCACCACCGUCCUCUUCACACAAGGCUCUCACUGGAGCGUCUUCAGGGAGGAGGCGCUGAACUUUGACCUCCUGAGUUCAGUGUUGGACCUGUGGGGGUGCGUGCUGCUCCGGGCCCCCCUGCUGCUGGGAGCCUGCAUCGGGGUGUCCUGGAACAAACAAGAUGGCCCCCCGAGGGUCUCCACACUCUCCACCCCCGUGCUGCUCCUCUGCCUCGUCAUCAUCACCUUCGCCCUGGCCAAGAUGCUGAUGCUGUCCGAGCAGGAGCCGCUAACCCAGCAGCCCUGGUUUCUGAGCCUCAUCUGCUGGACCUGCAUCUCCUCUCUGCUCGUGGCGCUGAUCUGGAAUCAGAUCGGGAAGAAGGAGGCGGGGAAGAGUCCAGACAGAAGCAGCAGAAGAGGAAGAGGAUGUGAGGACACUGAGAAGCUGGUGGGAAGAGCAGAGGAAGAGGAGGAGGAAGAGGAUGUGGAGAGUGAGAGGAAGAAGGAGGAAGAGGAGGAGGAGAUGAAGAGUGGAUCUGGGGCGACACUGGGACGUCUGCUGUCUUACUGCAGGAAGGACGGAGGGCUGCUGUCCGUCGCCGUCCUCUUCCUCCUCGUCUCCGCUGUGUGUGAGGCCUUCAUCCCGUACUACUACGGGAAAGCGAUCGACAGCAUCGUGGUGCACCAGAGCAUGGAGUACUUCGUUAAACCUGUGAUCAUUCUGUCAGUGCUCGCUUUAGUCAGUUCUCUUGCAAUGGGAGUACGUGGAGGAGUCUUCACGCUGAUAUUUGGCAAAUUAAACCUUCGUCUCAGGAACCAUCUCUUCAGGACGCUGAUGAGGCAGGAAAUCGCCUUUUUUGAUGAAAACCAUACAGGGGACAUUAUUUCCCGUCUGUCGGCAGACACCACACAAGUGAGCGACCUGAUCUCCAACAAUAUUAACGUGUUCUUGCGGAGCAUCGUUAAGGGCGUCGGCUUCUUCAUCUUCAUGUUCGGGAUGUCCUGGAAGCUCACAUUGGUCACCAUCAUGGGAUUCCCCUUCAUCGCUGUCGUCUCCAAACUCUAUGGAGAUUACUACAAGAAAUUGACCAAAGAGGUGCAAACAACCCUUGCAGAGGCGAAUAAAGUUGCAGAGGAAACUAUUUCGUCGAUGAGGACGGUUCGCAGCUUCGCUAACGAGGAGGGGGAGGCCGACACGUACCUUAGCAAACUCCUGGUCAUGUUCCAGCUCAACAAAAAACAAGCGCUGGCCUACGCUGGGUACAUGUGGUCGAGCUGUAUCUCGGAGCUUGCUUUAGAGAUAGCCGUCCUCUACUAUGGCGGCCAUCUUGUCGUCAGCGGGCAGAUGAGCAGCAGUUCUUUAAUAUCGUUUUUUAUAUACAUGCUGGAACUGGGCGAAUGUCUCGAGAGCAUUGCCUCGGUGUACACGGGGCUCAUGCAGGGAGUCGGAGCGGCAGAGAAAGUGUUUGAGUAUCUGGACCGGGAACCCAAACACCGGGCUGACGGCACCGAGGCUCCGGACACAUGCUCGGGUCUGGUGGAGUUCAAAGACAUCACGUUUGCAUACCCGACACGCCCCGAUACCGAUAUUCUCAAGGGGGUGUCGUUCACGCUGCGUCCCGGCGAGGUGACGGCCAUCGUGGGGCCCUCGGGGAGCGGGAAGAGCUCCUGUGUGAGUCUGCUGGAAAACUUCUACCGUCCGCAGAGAGGAGAAGUUCUGCUGGACGGAAAACCUGUUCACACCUAUCAGCACGACUACCUGCACUCCAAGAUCGGUCUGGUGGGCCAGGAGCCGGUGCUGUUUGCUCGGACGGUGGAGGAGAACAUCACCUACGGCCUCAGCGACGUCUCCAUGGAGGCCGUGGAGCAGGCGGCCACCAAGGCUAACGCUCACGAGUUCAUCAGCUGCCUCCCUACAGGCUACCAGACAAGUGUUGGAGAGAAAGGCACCCAGCUGUCGGGGGGGCAGAAACAGAGGGUGGCCAUUGCAAGAGCGCUGGUCCGAAACCCUCGAGUCCUCAUCCUGGACGAGGCCACCAGCGCUCUGGACGCAGACAGCGAACACAUCGUGCAGACGGCUCUGAACAGCAUCAUGCAGGACCACACGGUGCUGGUGAUCGCCCAUCGGCUCAGCACGGUGGAGAAGGCGGACAACAUCAUCGUCAUCGAGAGCGGCCGCGUGGCCGAGCAGGGGUCCCACAGCCGGCUGAUGGCCAGCGAGGGGCUUUACUUCAAGCUGGUGCAGCGGCAGGUUCUGGGCAUCGAGACGGGAGCCGAGGUCCUCAACCCAACGCAGGAACUCAGCUGGAAAUCUGACGGAGGACAGAGGAGGAGGAGGAGGAGGAAGAGCAGCAGCAGCAGCAGCAGCAGCAGCGAGGCGGAGAGAAACAUGCGCUACUGAGAAUAAAGUGCAGGGUUUAGGGGAUUUAUGCAUAUGAAGGGAUUCAAAUCGCAAAAAAAAGGGACGCAAAAUGAGUUCAAGACACAGAGAAUCACCAAAAGGAAGACAAAAAUGAUUUUUAAAAAAGAUGCAAUGCUACCACAAAGAGACACGGACUUUUUAAAAUUAUUUUAUUUAUUCUACUAUUUCAACAAUUAGACAGUUUAUCCACCCGAAAAACACACACAAUUAUUAGAAGUGAGAGGGCAGAAAGUAGAGUUUAUACAGAGGAAGCUACAGGACACUGAAAACACUCCAGGAACUUUGUGAUUACUGAACACAUGGCAUUCAGCUAUAUAAUGUACACUUAGGUAGAAAAAAGAGGUUCACAAUGACUACAAAGAGACAAACAAUCACACAAAGGGACACUACAUGAUACAGAGAGACACUAAAUGAUACAGAGAGACACUACAUCACACAAAGGGACACUACAUGAUACAGAGAGACACUACAUGAUACAAAGGGACACUACAUGAUACAGAGAGACACUACAUGAUACAGAGAGACACUACAUGAUACAGAGAGACACUACAUCACACAAAGGGACACUACAUGAUACAGAGAGACACUACAUCACUCAAAGGGACACUACAUGAACACAAAGACACUAAAAUACAGACAAAUAGACACUUAACUGCUGCAAGAGGUGCAAAAUGGUCACAAUCAGACAGUAAAUGAGAUAUGAAAUGAACACAAAGACACAUAACCACGGACACAUAGACACAACACUGUUAAGAAAUGGAGCAAAAUGAGUACAAAGAGGUUUAAAAAUGCAACCUUUUAUUCAAUAAUCCACCUAUAUGUAAUGUGUCGUGUCAGAAUCAUCUGUUAAAACACGCAGAGCAGCUCCAUGGAGUUUAAAUGAAGUUGAAUGUAUUCAAACAUAUCAGAGAGGAAAUAAUACUUGAAUAAACUUGAUUACUGAUAUGUUAGCUUUAUCAUGUUGCUGUUAAUGUUCUGUAUAAGGUUUGUUUAAUGUGUCAUUAUCGCACUCCAGACUGAUCAAUGAUCCAUCUGUUGGUGCUUUCUUGUGUUUUGUUGCAGUAGCAGGUGCUUUGUGUUUAUUGUCUGUUUAAUUACAUCAUCAUUAUUUAAAGGGGACCUAUCAUGCAAAAUGCACUUUUGUACGUCUUUUCUACAUGAAUAUGUGUCCCCGGUGUU